GGCGACGCCACUGUAGCCCAAGCUAAGCUAACGUUUUCAGGAGCGCGGCGGGAACAUCGGCGCUGCUUUGUUCAAAGACGCAGAAGCUUCCCGCCGUCUCAGAGCUGGGACAGCACGGUCGUUGCACGACAACAAAACUGGUGAGUCCUCGCGGCUCCUCUCUGGGUUGAUUCCUGCGGAUGCACAGGCGCCUGCAAGCAACAGAGAUGUGACGUCGGGAGGAUUGAGGAAAAAAUGCCGGUUCUUCCGGUGUGGGAACUCGCCGUCCCCCUUCCGGCUGUGAUGAUGAUCACAGUCGCCCUUUACAUCGUCAUGGUUGGUCUUGGACUUUGGAUCCGGUUCUGUCUGAAGGACCGGUGUUCCUGCCAGGACUGCUGCCCGGGCUUCUCCAUAUGUGACCAAUGUUUUCAACUGGCAGAAAUGUGUGACUUCCGCACGCCCUCCCUGCGCUCGUGCCUGCCGGGCUCCUGUCCCAGGCCCAACUUCGGACGCUGGGACUGCGCUUGCACCUGUCAGCCACCAGAGUGCGACUCCUGCAACUGUCUCUGUUUCGAGAUUCGGAUCAAGUAGAAGUGCCAGGAGUAAACCGAGAGAAAAGUUGGCUUUCAGCGCCAUCCCCAGGCUAAUCUUUGAUACUUGUUUAUAUGAGGCUUUUUGUGUGGUUUUU